AUGGGAUUGUCCCCGUCGGGGAGUAGCCACCACAGGCGGCGGAGUUCGGUGCUGACUGGAGGGCCCUCCCAAUACCGGCCAGUCAACGCGGAACCCCAGGAGGACAGUCCCAGAUUCACUUACGGGGAUGGAGAUGCCUCCAGGAUGGAGGAGCAGAAGCCGCUGACGGCGGACCGCAGAGAUUCGUCGGAUCUGUCGUCGAUUGCGGAGAGUGAGGAAUUGACGCUGUCCGAUGACGAUCAGGAUGAUGAGGAGAUGGGCCUGACGGCCAAGGAACGCAGCCACAGGCGACUGAAGAGGAAAAAGCAGCGCAGGCACUUGGACGCUCGAAUCGCGGGCGUGAAGGCAUCAAAGCAGGAGUCGUUGGCGGACAAGAACGUCGUCAAAAGAUUGCUUAUCAAUGCAUCUCUGAUCAGCUUGUGGUACCUCUUUUCGCUCUCCAUAUCCAUUUAUAACAAAUGGAUGUUCUCGGAGGAUAAGGUUGUCUUUCCCUUUCCUCUCUUCACCACCAGUCUGCACAUGCUGGUCCAAUUCACCUUUUCGUCCAUUAUCCUCUACUUCAUACCGUCUCUACGUCCUCAACCUCAGUCCGUUGGAGAUGGAUCGCACGAUACGAAACCGAUCAUGACGAAACUCUUCUACGCGACGCGACUGCUGCCGUGCGGUACUGCCACAUCGCUCGAUAUCGGGCUAGGCAACAUGUCCUUGAAAUUCAUCUCCCUCACCUUUCUCACGAUGUGCAAAUCAUCCGCCCUCGCAUUCGUCCUCCUAUUCGCCUUUGUCUUCCGCCUUGAAAGGCCUUCCGUCAAACUGAUCCUGAUCAUUGCGACCAUGACUGCAGGUGUCGUCAUGAUGGUCGCCGGUGAGACAGCGUUCAAUGCCCUCGGGUUUGCGUUGGUCAUCGCCUCUGCCUUCUUCUCCGGGUUCCGAUGGGGCCUGACUCAGAUCCUCCUUCUCCGACACCCUGCGACAUCAAAUCCUUUCUCGACGCUGUUCUUUCUGACGCCCAUUAUGUUCGUUACGCUGAUUCUGAUUGCGUUGGCCGUAGAAGGUCCUCAUGACGUUAUGGGAGGCUUCGCGGCCCUCGCGGCUGCACAUGGGACUGUGGGGGGUGUUUUGCUCCUCAUAUUCCCGGGCGUGCUCGCAUUCUGCAUGAUCGCCUCCGAAUUCGCGCUCCUCAAACGAUCGUCUGUCGUUACCUUGAGUAUCUGCGGUAUAUUCAAGGAAGUGGUCACCAUUAGUGCCGCUGGUGUCAUCUUCCACGACAAACUAACCCCCGUCAACGUGUCCGGUCUGAUUGUGACCAUUGCCAGCAUCGGCUCUUACAAUUACAUGAAAAUAUCUGCGAUGCGUCAAGAGGCCCAGAAGAAUCUGGAACGCGGUCAGCAUCGCGGUUCCGAUGCCUCCGGCCGUUCAGUGCGACGCCCAAGCGGUAGAUACAAGUCCAUUGGUAACUCUGAGGGGCAUGGCGACACCUUUUCUCCGGUCAGCGACAGCGGCAGACCAGAGCGUCACUCCUUCAGUAUUCGAGCCAGUGGCACAAGCAAUGUACCGAACAUAAUCUCUGCACCUGCGACCAGCAUGGGGGAUCAUUUUAACCUUGGGCAAUCUUUUAACAACGAAGACCCUGAGCGCCAUCCGCAUCGUGAUCAGCAUGACUCGAGCCAUCGGAGUCGCUCCGCCUCUGCCUCGUCAGGCUCAUCUUCGUCCUCGUCUUAG